GAGAAACUAAAUAUUGAGGAAAAGAUCAAUUUGUAGACAGACAGGAGAAUGGAUACAAGUUCUUAAAUUGUUUUUAAAUAAACUAUAAUAUAAACGAAAUUCUGUCAAAUCAGCUGGCUGGCCACUGGUACAGUUUAAACAUAUGUUUGCUGGCAAAAACGUGUUGAAAUAAAAACUAAAAACUGUAAGGUGUAUUAAAUAUCGCUCUUUAAUAAAUAGUCUAAAAUAGAAUAAUAUAAAAAAGUAGUUAUGGUCUUUUAUAUGUUGCUUUUGUUCCAUGUAUUAUGGAUGGUUGCAUGCAACACGAAUGUGAAAGGAUAUGUUGAUUCGAAACAAAACAAUGAGUUCUAUGCUGCAAACUACAAAUGUCCUAAUGGAUGGCAGCAGAGAUGUGAAAAGUGCUACCUAUAUGUCAAUGAAUCAAAACAAUGGACAGAUGCUCAAUAUUACUGCAAACAAAAUGGAGGAAAUCUUGUUACAAUAAAGGAGGAUGCUGUUAAUCUUUUUUUGGCAAGAUAUGUUCAGUAUUCAAGCAGGCUUGCUAUAACAAUUUGGACUGGUCUACAUGCCAGAAAAGUUCAUAAAGAAUUUCAAUGGGUUGAUAAUUCAGAAUCCGUACAUUAUGAGUUUCGAUGGUUACCUGGGCAGCCAAAUAUGGUUACAUUAGAUGAAGGUUGUGUGGAGAUGUAUACUAAAUCAAGGCAAUAUCUUUGGGACGAUGUAUCUUGUAGUAAAGAAUCACCUUUUGUGUGUCAGACUGAUGGUUGCAUUAUCGGUACACAACGUUGUGAUAAUGGAAAGUGUGUUUCAAAGCAUUUAUUUUGUGAUUCCAAGAAUGAUUGUGGAGAUUUUUCAGAUGAAAAAAAUUGCACUAAAUGUAAUGAACAUUAUACUGCACAAGAAGGAAGUAUUUCAUCACCUAACUUUCCACAACACUAUGGAAAUAAUCGGGAUUGCACUUGGUUAAUUGAAGUUGAAAGAUCCUAUAUAAUAGAAAUUAAGUUUUUGGAAUUUUUUAUUGAGAACUCUUUUGACUGGGUAGAAGUAUUUGACGGGCCAACUCUAGCAUCAAAGUCUUUUGGGAAAUUUAGUGGUAAUUUUAAACCAGAGGUAAUUUUGUCUUCAUCAUCAAAAAUCUUAGUUCAUUUAAAAUCUGAUAAAUCAACAAGUGAUAAAGGAUUUUUUGCACGAUAUAAAGCAGUCAAAAAAGGCUGCAAUGUUGAUUUAAUUAUAAAUUCAAAUAAACCAGAAUAUAUCAGCUCACCUAACUUUCCAUUAAACUAUCCUGACAAUACAAAGUGUGAAUGGACAAUCAGAAAUGAAGAUCCUUCAAAGAUUUUGACUUUUCAACUAUUGGAACUUGAAACUGAGGAAAAUGAUUUUAUUGAAGUUCGUGAUGGUUUAACAGAAGAUAAUGCAUUGCUUGGAAAGUUUUUUGGAAACUUUUCAAACAUACAAAAAAGACAUAUUUUUACAUCGAAUUUUAAAAUGCAUGUUAAGUUUCAAUCAAAUUUUCAAUUAAAUCAAAAAGGAUUCCGAGCUGUCAUUUUUUCAGGUUGCACAGCAACAAUUAAUGCAACACAUGGCACAAUAUCGAGUCCUAAUUUUGGCGUCGGAAACUACCCCAAUAAUAUACUAUGCAGUUGGACAGUCCAUGCACAAACUGACAAAGAAGUUUCAGUUAUUUUUCACUCAUUUGACACAGAAUACAAGCAAGAUACUGUCGUACUGAGAACAUGUGAUGAUGUUAUGAUAAAAGAAUGUUAUGGUUCCAAUAAAACAACUUUAGGGAAAGAAAUGCUUCCUUUAGAACCAAUUGUUUUUAAUUCAUCAUGUUUUAAAGUUAUUUUCAAGUCAGAUGAAACAUAUUCCCUGGAGGGCUUUAAUGCAACAUUUUCAAUUGGGUGUCCUAUGCUUCCUGCUAUUAAUGGGGGAUCUUUUAGGCAAGAUCAGAAAUUUUAUGGUGCUUCAGUUGAAUACAAAUGUGAUAGCAGAUUCAGAAUUAAAUCAGAAAAUGGAAAUGUUCGAAAGUGUAUGUAUGGUGGAAAUUGGAGUGAACCUGCUCCAUUUUGUGAAGAAAUAAACUGUGGACAUCCUGGAAUUAUUGAGAAUGGUGGUUUUGAAAUAUAUCCUUUAAACAGUACAUUUGUUUUUAUGACUUCUGUCAAAUACUCAUGUAAUGUUGGUUAUAUACUUGUUGGCGAACCAAAUCGAGUAUGUCAAGUUAACUCUACUUGGUCAGGCGGAGUAGAAAGAAAAUGUGAAGUACUGAAAUGUCCUGAUCCUGGAACUCCAGUUAAUGGAACAAGAUCUGGAAAUGAAUUUAAUGUUGGAUCAUCUAUAACUUUUUCAUGUGAAAAAGGGUUUAGGCGUCAUGGUGCAAGAACAAUUACAUGUGGGAUUACAGGAAAAUGGAGCUCUGAAACACCAUUGUGUAAAGUUGUUGUAUGUCAACUUCCGUCAUUUUCAUUGAAUACAAUUAUCAGUUCUUCAUCUAUUGGUUUUAAUACACCCUAUAAAACAGUUCUUCAUAUUUCAUGUAAAAAAGGAUUCGAAUUGAUUGGUUCUGUUAAUAUCACUUGUACAGAGUCUGGAGCCUGGAAACCAGAUGUUCCUCAAUGCAUAGAUAUAAAUGAAUGUUUAAAUAAUCCUUGUCGUGGUCCUGGUAGUCAGUGCACAAACUUGAUGGGAAGUUAUAAAUGUACAUGCAAAUCUGGUUUUAGACAAAUAGAUGAGACAACCUGUGAAGACAUUGAUGAGUGCAAAUCUAGUGGUAAAACAGUUAAAUGCAAUCAGAAAUGUACUAAUAUAGAUGGUGGAUAUUUUUGUUCUUGUGAAGAUGGUUACUUUUUGUAUGAUGGUGACAAUAAAACUGUUAAUCGUGUUGAAGCUGAGGAGUCAUUUGUUAACCAUACUUGUUUAGGUAAUCCAUGUAAAUUACCAAAAAUUCCUGAAAAUGGAUAUAUAUUAAACUAUGGAAAUCGUUAUCCAACAGAGAUUACAUUUCAGUGUGAUAAAGGAUGGAUAGUUGAUGGAGAUUUAUCAAUUAAGUGUUUAAAGAAUGGAUCAUGGUCAGGCUCAAUCUCUGAUUGCAUUGCUGCUAGGUGUAACCCUUUACCUGAUGUUCCAAACUCAUCAAGUGUUGUUGAUGGUGGAUUAGUAAAAGGUCAAUAUUCUCAAGGCACUAUUUACACAUACACAUGUAUUAAUGGUUAUGAAAUAAUAUCUGGUAAUUCUAAAAGAAUGUGCUCUCAAAAUGCUACUGCAUCUUUUUGGUCUGGAUCAUCUCCUGUUUGUGAGCGAGUUUCAUGUGGUCCAUUGGAAAAUCCUAAAAAUGGUCAUGUGAAUAUAACUGGUGAUAAGUAUGGUGAUUCUUCUAAAUUUUUUUGUGAUGGUGGUUAUAUAAUUACUGGAAAUGAUUCAAGUACUUGUCAAGCAAAUGGCAGAUGGUCAGCAUCUUCUCCGUUUUGUCUCGCAUCACCGUGUCCUGAUCCUGGCAUACCAAUCAAUGGUGAAAUUAUCGGUUUAAUUUCAUUAGAUCAAACUAUAACAUUCAGAUGUCUUGUAAAUGGUUCUAUUUUAAUUGGUGAUAAUAAAAGAACUUGUAUUUUUAAUAAAUCAACUGGAUUAAAUCAAUGGAAUGGAAGUCAACCAUUUUGCAAAGACACAAGUAUACCUACUUUUAAAUUUUGUCCUAUGUCAACUAUUGAAUUUACAUUACCUCAAUCUGAAAAAAGUAUGAUGGUCAACUGGACAUUACCUACUUUAACUGACAAUGUUCAUAACUUACUGAAUAUAACAGUUUCUCCAGACUAUGUUUCACCUAUGGUUAUGCCUGCAGGUUUGAAUAUAAUUACUUACACAGCAACAUAUAAAGAUGGAAGCACAGCAGUUUGUGAAGUAAAAAUCAAUGUUCAAGACAAAGAAAUUCCAAAGAUAUUUUGUCCUAAAAAUAUUGUCAUUAAAAGUGACUUAUCAUCAAAGGUGUUUUGGUCUGAUGGUAUAUACACUGAUAAUGUUGGUAUAAAAAAUGUUAUCUUUAACCCACCAAAUGGUACAAUCCUAGAGUCUAAUAAAUACCACAAAGUUACAAUGACAGUAGAAGAUAUUUCUGGGAACUCUGACAGUUGUGUCAUGGAAAUAUAUGUAGAAGGUUGCGGAUGUACUCAGCGCACUUGUGAUUACAAGCAGCGGAAUGGUCAAUCAGUGUGUACAAUUGCACCUGGGGUGGUGCCUGAUACAGUAAUUAUUUCUUGUAAUUUAAAUUGUUUUCAAAAUAAAACAACAAGAUUUGUUUCCAACACAGAAUUUGAAAAAACAAGUAAUGUGAUGUGUAUACCUAAUAAAGGAUGGGAGAACAAGUCACCAUCAGGAUGCGUAGAAAGAAAGCCACUUAUUUCAUGCUUAAAAGGAUCUUUAUCAAUUGACUUCACAACUACUGGGGAUAAUACAAAUGAAAAACCAUUUUUAGAUAUCUUUACUUUUUUGAAUAACUUGAAGAAUUCAACAUGUUCUUUUAUUUAUCAAACAGGUAACUUAAUUUCAAAUGGUACAUCAGUAGCUGGAGAUUUCAAAAUAUUAUCUCAUGAUGAUGGUGUUAUUCCUUUACUGAACGGUCAUUUGGAAGAGUGCAAAACAAUUUUACUUAAAGAUCUUGACCUUUUUAAAACAAAUCUACUUCAAUUAACUUCAUCUGUUGACAUUAAACUUUUAAAUAUAAGUAGUUGCUGCCCAUUAAAUAAAAGUUAUUGCUGUCCUACUGGACAUCUAAUAAAAACAACAGGACUAACUGUUAAAGCCAGCUAUUGCAUCCCAUGUGGCUUGGGUAUGUAUCACAAUAGCACAAAUAACAAAUGCUUAAAUUGUCCUGUUGGAUUUUAUAAUGAUCUUGAAUUUGCAGAUCAAUGUAAACGUUGUCCUAACGAAACAAAUAAUUUAAAAGUUCAAUCUGAUUCAUGCACAAAGAUGUGUGCUGCUGGUAGCUAUUCAUCUACUGGAUUAGAACCAACAUGUCGUAAAUGUGACUAUGGUGAGUAUCAAUCGCAAGUUGGUGCAUAUAAUUGCAUUAAGUGUCCUUAUAACCUUACAACAUCAAGAAGUGGAUCAGAAAAUAUCUCAGAAUGCAAAGCCCAAUGUUCUCCUGGUACUUAUUCAUCCACAGGUUUGGAGCCUUGUACAAAAUGUGCUAAAGGACUCUUUCAAAAUGAAAUAGGGCGAUCAUAUUGCAAACUGUGUCCUUCAGGAGGUAUCUAUCUUGGUAUGGAGGGUGCAACAAGUGAAGCUAAUUGCCCAUCAAAAAAUGCAUGCGAUGAAAAGCCAUGUAGAAAUGGAGCGACUUGCAACGCAGGAAAUUACUCAUACACUUGUACUUGUAAGCCUGGAUGGACAGGUGUAAACUGUGAAGUUGAUAUUGAUGAAUGUGCUUCUUCUCCUUGUGGUAGGCACGGCACUUGUACAAAUCUCAUAAACGACUUUAACUGUACCUGCAUUAAAGGAAUAAUUGGAAAACAGUGUGAAACAAACAUUGAUGAUUGCAAAAAUGAUACUUGCAGAAAUGGUGGAAUUUGUAAUGAUCUUGUUGAUGAUUUUAAAUGUCUUUGUGCUGCUGGUUUUGAAGGUAAAAGAUGCGAGAUAAACAAAAAUGAAUGUGAACCAAAUCCUUGCUUGAAAAAUUCAACUUGUGAAGAUUUGAUUAAUGAUUUCAAAUGCAAUUGUAUACCAGGUUAUGUAGGCAAGUUAUGCGAUGUUGAUAUUGAUGAAUGUGCUAUGUCUCCUUGUUUUAACAAUGCAACAUGUGUUGAUAAAGUUAAUGCUUUUGAGUGCAAAUGUCAACCUGGGUUUAAUGGAACACUCUGUGAAACUGAUAUAGAUGAGUGUAGUACUCAACCAUGUGCAAAUAAUGGCUCAUGCAUUGAUAUUGUUAAUGGUUUCUUGUGCAGGUGUAUAGAUGGAUUUAGAGGUUCCAAUUGUUCAAUUAACAUUGAUGAGUGUGACCCAUCUCCAUGUCUUCACAAUUCAACCUGUGUUGAUCAAAUUAAUGGAUUUCAAUGUGAAUGUUCACCAGGUUAUUUUGGUCUAAGGUGUGAAACUGAAAUAAAUGAGUGUGAAAGUCAACCCUGCUCAAACAAUGCUACUUGUGUAGAUAAGAUAAAUGAUUACCAAUGUCUCUGCAAUAUUGGAUUUGAAGGAAAACAGUGUGAAAUUGAUAUAAAUGAAUGUCAACCAAAUCCUUGUGUUAAUGGAUCAUGCAAAGAUCUUGUUGGAGAUUAUUUGUGCGAAUGUCAACCUGGUUUUGAUGGAAGAAACUGUUCAAAUCUUAUAGAUAAUUGUUUUUCAUUGCCAUGCAAAAAUAAUGGAAAUUGUACAAAUAAAGUUAACAAUUAUACUUGUACAUGUCAAGCAGGUUUCUCAGGUAGUGAUUGUGAAACUAAUAUUAAUGAAUGUGACCCAGAUCCUUGCAAUAGUAAUGCUUUAAACUGCACUGAUCUUAUCAAUGGGUAUAUUUGUUAUUGCAAACUUGGGUUCAGAGGGGAAAACUGCUCUGAAAUAAUUGAUAACUGUAACCCACAACCAUGCAGGCAUAAUUCAACAUGUACAAAUCGUUUUGUUACUAAUGAUUUUCAUUGUAACUGCAGUCUUGGUUAUGAAGGUGACCGCUGUGAAAUCGAAAUUGAUGAAUGUAAAGCUUUACCUUGCAAAAAUGGUGGAAACUGUACUGAUUUGCCUGGUAAAUACCUUUGUACUUGUCCACCUGGAUUUACUGGAGUUGAUUGUGAAAUAAACAUUGAUGACUGUAAGAACGUGAGCUGUUUAAAUGGCGGAAAAUGUAUUGAUUUAAUAAACAGCUAUGUCUGCGAGUGCCCUGUAACCCACAAAGGAAAACAUUGUGAAAAAAAAAAAUUCCAGACGAUGUUGAUAUUACCUUUCCGGGAGGGGACGGCUCUUACAUCAAGCAUUGUGUUAAAGGAAAUGCAUCAAAAGAAUUUUCUAUAUCGCUUUGGUUUCGAUUUCUUGGAAGAUCUAGAGGUGUUUUUUUUGAAUCUUGGAUUUGGGUGCGAAACUGUUCGUCCUUUUCUUAUAAUGAGCCACAGUAGUAUCAGAUUUCAAUUCCGUAACCAGUUUAGUUUUGUAAUGAUUGAUAACUUGAAAAUAAACAAUGAAAAACUAGUUAUUAACAAUGGAGUUUGGCAUCACAUUUAUAUUGCAUUAUCAUCUGUAACAUUAAAUUUUAAAGUUGUGUUGGAUGGAAUAAUUGUGCAAGAAGAACAAAAGGCAGAAUUAUCUGGAAUGACUUUUUUCAAUGAGUCUGGAACAAUCUUGAUUGGUAAAUCUCUUUUAGAUGGUAAGCUUAUAGAAAGUGGUUUUAUUGGAGAUGUAAGCCAGGUAGCAUUAUUCAAACGUGUGCUUGAUUCAACAGAGAUAGCAGGAUUGGUUAGAAAUUGUUCCAGAAACAUAUCAGAUUCAAUAAUUCCAUGGGUUGGUUUAAUGGCUGAUGCUGGUCCGAAUGUUAGUUUACUUGAAACUUGGACUUGUGGAACAAAUGUAUGUCCUCCCGAGUUUACCGGAAAGUUUUGCCAAACAAAGAUAGACAAAAUACCACCCACUGUUGUUUUUUGUCCGUCUCCAAUAAAAGUUUACACUGAGGAGUCAAGUGUUUUUGUAACUUGGAAAGAACCUCAAUUUGAUGAUGAUGUUGCAGUGGUUGAAGUGAUUAGAUCUCAUUCUCCCAAUGGUUUGUUUAGUUGGGGAGAUUAUGUAAUUACCUAUAUUGCAAAAGAUGCUUUUGAAAAUUCUGUAUCCUGUACUUUUGAAAUAAAUGUUACACCCUUUAAUUGUUCAGAAUUUCAAACUGCUAAUAAUUCCAUUCAUGCAUGUGGUACUUGGAAAUAUGGUCGGUUUUGUGAUUAUAAAUGUCAUGAGAAAUAUGAGCUGGCAGUUCCUAAGCCACCAUUUUAUGUUUGUGGUAGACCAGGAACUUGGAGUCAUGGUCCCCCAACAUACCCAGAAAAUCCAGAUUUAUUAGUUUCUGAAUGUACAGCAACAACACCUUUCAAUACCAUUACUACAAACAAAAUAUCUUUCCCAACUUCUUCAUGCGAUGAUUCAUUCAAAAACGAUUUUGUAGAAAGUUUUAAGCAAUUGAUAACAGAAUUGCAAGAUGUUUGGUCAAUUUGUGGAACAACAUGUGAUUUCAAAAAUAUUAAAGUUAGCUGCAAGCCUGAUGCUAAACGCUUUCGACGAGAUAUGGAUCCAAAAUGGACUGGACCCAAAUUUAUCUUGGAUAUUUCAUUUGAUGCCACAAAUGAAACAAACCUUGCUAAAAUUCAAAAUGGAAUCAAGACAAAAGAAUUUAAUAUGACUGUAAUAGUGAACAAUGUUUCUAUUAGUUCUGAUCUGUUAAAUGUUGAAGUUAAAACAGUAUGUAAUAAUGGAAGCAUUUUGAAAAAUGACAUCUGUGUUAAAUGUCCUGCAGGUACAUUUAAGAAUGUUACAAAUGAACUUUGUGAAAAAUGUCCAUUUGGAUCAUACUCAAAAGAAGCUGGAUCAGAAAUGUGUAUCAAUUGUCCAGCUAAUACAACUACAACUAGUGAAGGUUCCACUGAAGAGAAAUCAUGCAAAGUGAAAUGUCUUUUUGGUGCAUAUCUUGAAAAUAAUGAGUGCAAAGAUUGUCCAAUUGGAUUUUAUAAAGAAACUGCUGGGUUCGAGAAAUGCCAACCGUGUGCAUUAGGUUUAACAACUAAAAAAACAGGAGCUGUAACAAAGGAUCAAUGCAAAAAUGAUUGCACUCUUGGUCAAGAACUGGUUAACAAUACAUGUCAACCCUGCCGUAUGGGUUACUAUAGAAAUAAUGAUAGUCAACCUGUAUGCUUACCUUGUCCUUACAACCAAUCAACAUAUCAACUAGGAGCAACUAGUCCUGUUUGCUAUGCUGUUUGUGAAGUUGGAAAAGAGAUAUCAAGUGAUGGAUUGAAAUGUAUGGAGUGUGCUAUAGGUUAUUAUAAAAAUGACAAUAACGCAAAAACUUGUUCAAAGUGUCCUGCAGGGUUAACCACUAAACAGUUAGCUUCUACAAGCAUUGACCAAUGUAUAGAAAAGUCAUCUGACUCAAAAUAUUAUGAUGUCCAAGUAGCAAUUACAUCACUAACAUGGAGUGAUAAUCUUUAUAACCAAAAUUCAGUUGAGUACAGAGAUGUAGCAUAUAAAAUAAUUGAAUCAGUUUAUGGUGUGUACUUGAAUAUGAGUUAUUUGCUAUUUGUGAACAUUACUAAACUAAGUUCUGGUAGUGUUGUUGCAAACUUAACAUUAGGAUUUAACUCAUCUGUUAAAGAUCCACUUUUUGCUUUCGAUUCUGCAGUUAAAUCACAACAAUUUUACAAACUUACUGUUGAUCCAGAUAGUUUAAUUGCAGAUCGUUGUAAACACAUUGUUUGCCCAAUGGAACAAGUAUGCAGUUAUGAUACUCGAGUUGAGUGCAAGUGUACAGUUGGAAAACAAAAGAGUCCUGAUGGUGAAAAAUGUUAUGAUACUUGUGAGCUUAAAGGGUGUCCUGAAGGACAGGAAUGUUUUUCAAAUUCAACAUUUAAUGAGUGCAGAUGUAAAGAUGGAAAAGUUCUUAGUUCUGACAAAAAAGAAUGUAUCUAUACUUGUGAGCUCAAAGGGUGUCCUGAAGGACAGGAGUGUUUUUCAAAUUCAACAUUUAAUGAGUGCAGAUGCAAAGAUGGAAAAGUUCUUAGUCCUGACAAAAAAAGAUGUAUCAAUCAAUGCUCCUUGCAUUAUUGCAAAAAUGGUGGUAGUUGUCAGUUAAAAGAAACAGGACCAGUAUGCAGAUGUUCAAAGAAUUAUUCUGGAGAUCAAUGUCAAACACUACAAACUAAAUCCAAUGCGUUGAUGAUUGUUCUAGUGUCACUAUCUACGGUUGCUGUUGUUCUAAUAGUUAUAUAUGUGCUUAAAAAUCGCAAAAAGCGAAUAUAUAAUGAAUGUAGAAAUGAUUUAAUGUAUGAUGACGAGAAAAGCUUAGAGCUCUCUGUAAAAAAUUCAAACCUGGAUAAAAAAUCUGUCACAUUAACUCGAUACGAUCAUUUGCGUUCUUCAGAAAAACUAGGGAGAAUAAAUGGAGGUGCAACGUUUGAUGAUAAUUCUCCUGCACCUUUAAUCAGGAAUUCUGACCAAAAGCGAUAACGUAGUCAUAAAAAGCUAGAUGUAUCCAUAGAAACGUAGCCAUAGAAAGCUUGGGAGAAAAACAAUCAACGGACAAUGUUUAUAUAUAUAUUUUUUUUGUUAUUAAUAUUUGAAAGAUGCUUUAGUUUUGUUUUUAA